ACGAACAUGUACUAGAAAAGAAACAAGCUUGUGUACGUGUAGUUGUUAGAUCUCAGAGUUUUGCGAUUCACACUAAAAUGGCGUUCCGCGUUUUGCUCCUCUUCUCACUCACCGCACUUCUCAUCUUCUCCGCCGUUUCUCCUUCUUUUGCAACCUCUUCCUCCGACGACGUCGACGAUGAGGAUCUCAGCUUCCUCGAAGAUCUCAAAGAAGACGACGUUCCCGGCGCUGACUCACUCUCCUCCUCAACUGGACUUGACGAAUUCGAAGGAGGUGAAGACGAAGAUCCCGAUAUGUACAACGACGAUGACGAUGAAGAUGGAGAUUUCUCCGAUCUAGGUAAUCCAGAUUCCGAUCCGCUCCCGACGCCGGAAAUUGAUGAGAAAGACGUUGUCGUUAUCAAGGAGCGUAACUUCACUGAUGUGAUUGAGAAUAAUCAAUACGUUUUGGUUGAGUUUUAUGCGCCGUGGUGUGGUCAUUGUCAGUCUCUUGUUCCUGAGUAUGCUGCAGCUGCGACGGAGCUUAAGGACGAUGGUGUUGUUUUGGCUAAAAUCGAUGCGACGGAGGAGAAUGAGCUAGCUCAGGAGUAUAGUGUUCAGGGAUUCCCGACGAUUCUUUUCUUCGUUGAUGGUGAACACAAGCCUUACACUGGAGGAAGGACUAAGGAAACAAUCGUGACAUGGGUGAAGAAGAAGAUUGGUCCUGGUGUGUAUAAUCUAACUACAUUAGAUGAUGCUGAGAAAGUGUUGACUUCUGGGAACAAAGUCGUUUUGGGAUACUUGAACUCCUUGGUGGGCGUUGAGCACGAUCAACUUGCUGCUACUUCCAAAGUUGAGGACGAUGUGAACUUCUAUCAAACAGUGAAUCCUGAUGUUGCCAAGAUGUUUCACAUUGAUCCGGAGUCUAAAAGGCCUGCUCUUGUCCUAGUUAAGAGGGAAGAGGAGAAGAUUAGCCAUUAUGAUGGGGAAUUUGUUAAGUCUGCUUUAGUUAGUUUUGUAUCUGCCAACAAGCUUGCUUUGGUCUCUGUUUUCACCAGAGAGACUGCACCGGAAAUUUUUGAGAGUGCAAUCAAGAAACAGUUGUUGUUGUUUGCAACCCAAAAUGACUCUGAAAAGGUUCUUCCGGAAUUUCAAGAAGCAGCGAAAUCAUUCAAAGGAAAGCUCAUCUUUGUAUCUGUGGAUCUGGAUAAUGAGGAUUAUGGGAAGCCAGUCGCUGAAUACUUUGGUGUGUCUGGAAAUGGUCCUAAACUUAUUGCUUACACAGGGAAUGAAGACCCUAAAAAAUACUUUUUCGAUGGCGAGAUCAAGUCAGAUAAAAUUAAGACAUUUGGGGAGGAUUUCCUGAACGACAAGUUAAAGCCUUUCUAUAAGUCAGACCCCAUUCCUGAAAAGAACGAUGGAGAUGUGAAAAUAGUGGUUGGAGAUAACUUUGAUGAAAUUGUUCUGGACGAUUCUAAAGAUGUGCUUCUCGAGGUCUAUGCACCAUGGUGUGGCCAUUGCCAAGCCCUUGAGCCAAUGUAUAACAAACUUGCCAAGCAUUUACGAAGUAUUGAUUCUCUCGUCAUAGCCAAGAUGGAUGGAACAACCAACGAACAUCCCAAGGCAAAGGCUGAGGGGUUCCCUACCAUUCUCUUCUUCCCUGCGGGCAACAAGACUUCAGAGCCGAUAACUGUAGAUACAGACCGCACUGUGGUUGCAUUUUACAAGUUUUUAAGGAAACACGCCACAAUCCCAUUCAAACUGGAGAAACCUGCAUCAACCGAAUCUCCUAAAACUGCCGAGUCCACACCAAAAGUAGAAACUACCGAGACCAAAGAAUCACCCGAUAGCACGACAAAGAGUAGCCAAAGUGACUCGAAGGACGAAUUGUGAUCAAAAGUUAAGAAAAGGGUAUUUUACACGUCUCCUUAAGUUAUAUGUAUGAUCAGAGUUGUGUCAUUAUGAGUUUGAACUAGAGAAAGAUGGAGAUAAAAGUAAUUUUAGUUAUGAGAAAGACAAUUUCUUUUGAUU